AUUAAUAAUACUAUUAAGCCUAGUCGCUACAACGCAGUUAUCACAAUUAUCUAUUGCUGAGCGUAAACAAUGGCUGCAGGUGAAGGGGGAGAAUUCGUCUACAGAAUUAGCACUGCUGAGGAAUGGGAAGCAUUGCAAAAGAAUGGAUCUGCUUUUGGCGGUGACUUAGACAAAUCCUCUGGUUUCAUUCACUUCAGCUCCCUUCAUCAGGUGAAGCCGACACUGCAGAAUUUUUUCUCCAACGUCAAGCUGGAUUUGUACCUUCUUCAAAUUGAUGCUAAGAAGCUUGGAGAUGGAUUGAUAUAUGAAGUUGUAGAUGGUUCCAACAGCUUCCCGCACUUCUACGGCCCAUCUCGAAGCUUUGCUCCUCUUCCAUUAGAUGCAGUUACAUAAGCUGAGAAGCUAUCGGUAGUAGAUGGCCAAUUCAGCUGCAGUUUACUGAAUUAGCGCUGAUGCUUCCAACAGCUUCCUGCACUUCCAUCGUGUGGAGAUAAUGUACGCAUUGGAUUUGGAUGUAACUAUACAAUGUUAUGCCAUUGUAAUACUUCACUCCUAAUAAUAGCAAUGAUGUGUGUAUUAGUUGUGGUUUUA